AUGAGCAACACAAUGGAGCAAGAUGAAGAUGAGACGCUUGUUGGGAUGGGACUUCGUGUUUCUGUGUCCCCUACACAGUUGUCUUUUUACGUCAUCUUGGUGACGUUGGGCAUCCUGGGUAAUGCCAUUGUGAUUGGAGUGAUUGGUAAGAGUGUGUUUAUGGACCGUGUUGGAGGACGUAACUCGGAUAUCAUUAUCAUCAACAUGGCACUGUCUAACGUGCUGGUGUCCGUGAUGAGGAACACACUGCUUGUUAUUUCAGACAUGGGACUCGAGCUGUACUCAUCCAAAGAGUGGUGUCAGUUCCUGAUGGGUGUGUGGGUGUGGCUGCGAUCGGUCAAUGUCUGGUCAACACUCUUCCUCAGUGCGUUCCACCUCCAGACUUUGAGGCGCGUGGCUCCCACUAUCGGGAAUGUUCAUGGGCCCCGGGGUGCUCCUAAGCUACUGCUGAGUCUUGGCUUCAUCUGGCUUCUCAACUUUAUCUACUCCAUUCCUGCUUAUGUAUUUUCCACUAAUGGGGGUGUGAACACCACAGAGACUCUGAUGCUGGUGAGCAGCACAACACGCCCCCUGCUGGGCUGUGUGUGGAACUUUCCCAGCAGCCACAGUGGCCUGGCCUAUGCCACCACAUCUAUGGUGAUCCAUGAGUCAGUCCCCAUAAUCUUGAUGGCUUUUACCAACCUGGGCUCCCUUUACACACUCUACACCCAUGGCAGCACGCGCAGUACGGUGCAAGAUGCACCUGUCAUAAAACGGGUGCCAGCUGAGCGACGAGCAGCCAAGGUGAUUCUUGGUCUCAUAAUGCUCUUCAUUGCAUCCUGGGGAACCAGCAUUAUCUCUGUCAACUAUUACAACUACAACCGUGGCGGAGCGGCUGAGUUUCUUCUGGUUAUUGCUCGUUUUGCUAACAUUAUCUUCAUCGCCAUGUCACCUGUUGUUCUGGCAGUCGGCCACAGGCGGCUGCGUUCUUUCGUCAAGUCUCUGCUCUCUCACUGA